CAAAUUAUGUUGAAAAAUAAUGGAUAUAAAGAAUUAAUUCAACAAUAAUUUAGUUUAAGGUAUGUGAACCCUUAAAUUACAGGUGAAGGAGCCUUUUCAAAGGUAUUUAAAUGCCAAAAUUAAUAAGGAGAGUUUGUUGCUAUUAAAGUAAUUUCAUUCUUUUUAUCUCUAGGUUGUUAAUUUAUUAGGUGUAAAAUCAUGUAUUAUUCCUUAUCUAAAAAAUGAAAUUCGAUUAUUACAUUAGAGCGAUAAUGAUAAUGUUAUCAAAUUGUAUGAAAGUUAAGAAACAGAUUCUGCAUUAUUUUUAGUUUUAGAAGUUAAUUUUAUUGUUUAAGUUUAUAGUAUUGUGAAAUGGAUGUAAAAACUAUGAUGGCAAUUUAUUUCUAAAAUAAAUUACCUGAAGAGCUUGUAAUUGUUAUUUUUAAAUAAUUGGUAAAUGGGUUACAUUAUUUGCACUCAAAUAAAAUCAUUCAUAGAGACUUAAAAUUAGAAAAUAUAGGUGUAAUUAUAAAUGGAGAAGAUUAAGAUAAACUUAAAAAUCUCAAUUAAAUCCAAAAACUAGAUAUUUUUUUAAAUGCUUCUUAUAAGUUGCUUGAUUUAGGUUUAGCUAAACAGUUUCAAGAAUAAACAGUCACAGUUACUUAUGCAGGAACAGAAGUUAAUAUGGGUAUUUAGAUGAUUUUAUUUUCUUUUAGCUCCUGAAGUUUUAUAAAGGAAACCCUAUUCAUUUGAAGCAGAUAUUUAUAGUUUGGGAGUUUGUUUAUAUUAAAUGAUUACAGGCGAAUAUCCUUAUUAUGAUAAAUUAAAUAGAAAAUAAUAAUUUGAAUUGAUUCAAGAAUAAAAUGCAAAAUAUUAGAUGAUACAAAAUUAAACUCUUAGAGAAAUUGUAUCAUCUAUGCUUAAGUACAAUGUUGAAGAUAGAUUAACAUUUUAAUAGUUAUAUUAAUAACCAUUACUUUAUAGUUCGACAACAAAUUUCUAAUCAAUUUUGGAAAAAUCUCUUAUAAAAAAUUCAGAAUUUUAUUCUCUAGAGAAUUCUUUUGUUAAAUAAUAAUAACUAUCAAAUUAAGGUUAGUUCAACAAUUAAGGAUUAAAUUUCUAUCAAAAUCAAUUAUUUCAUUAAUUCUAAUCAAAAAAUUUAUAGUAAAGUUAGUCCUAUUAAGAUUAAUUUUUCCAAAGUAUUUAAUCAAAUACUCAGAAUUAAUAAUUUCAAAUUAUCGAAUAAAAAAUCCCUCCACAAAAAUCUUAAAUUGGUAAACCUAAAUCAAAAUCUAAAAUCUAAUAAGAAACAACAUAAAUUUAAUAAUGGAAUAAUACACUUAAUUAAUGUAUAUUGGUUUAAAAAAUAAGUGAAAAAUUACUUGAUUUGAUGUUGAGUAUUCCACAAGAGUUCAAGUAUCACUCUUUUAAUGCUUAAUUUCAAGAGUAUUUAGAAUAUUUCUGCUUAUUGUACAAUAUGAUGAGAAAUUAACUGAAAAAAGAAGUUGAAGAUAAUAACAACAAUAAUCAAAAUAUUAAAGAGUAUAAAGAUAUCAGAGAUUCAUUGUUAAAAUUAGAUGAUUAAAUUUUUGAUAAUUUUAUAAACGACUAAAAAUUUAGUAAAGCAAUCUAUUAAUUAAGAAAGUUGAUUGGUUAGAUGAAAUCGCUCCAAGAGGUUAGAGAAAUAAAUGGUUCUUAAUCUAAACUUGUAGAGAAUAUUGAACUUGUGUAUAUAUAAAUCUUGAGGAUUUUGCAAGAUGUUUAUUACAAGGAAAUAAGAUUGAAUAAGGAAAAUAUAAAUUUAGAAUAAUUUAAUUGCAAAGUAUAUUAAUUACUCAUAGUUUUGGCAUUAUUAAGAGCUGGAUAUAAUAAUUAAAGCAUUCUAACAGAUAUUUAAAUUGAUAAUUUAAAGGGAGUGGAUUCGAUAAAUGAUCCUGAUUAAUUAUGUUAUUAAUUAAGUGAAAUACUAGAUAAAUAUCAAUUAUCAUUUUCAAAAGAGAUUAAAUAAUCUGAAAAUUCAAUUGAUUAUAAUUAAAAUCAAUGA